AUGGGUCUAGGUAUCAUUCAAGUGAAUGAGGACCAUGCACCUGGAACUUUCCAGAUGGAUGGUUCCUCCUCAAACCUCACUACCCAGAUGAAAUAUGGCACUGGAAAGCAUUCAACCGUUGUUCUAGUUCCCCAGCCUUCCAACAGCCCAAAUGACCCUUUGAACUGGCCACAAUGGAAGAAGAACCUGAUAUAUGUUGUCUUAUUUUUUAACUCCAUCAUUUUCUCCUCCAUUCCGCCGCCCGUGAUUGCUCCAUCUAUGGUCUUGAUGUCCAUGGCCCUGAAGCGAUCUAUCAAGGAUAUCACAAUGCUUACCGCAUAUCAACUGCUUGCGACUGCUUGUUACGGACCAGUCGGAUCCGCUCUUGCACACAAAUAUGGGAAACGACCACAAUUUAUCUUUGCCGCCAUCAUGGGUUUUGUUGGAACACUUAUCUGCUGCAAUACCACAGAGAACUAUGGUGCUCUGUUAGCAGGACGGAUUAUCCAGGGCUUUGGCUCCGCGGUGUUUGAGAGUUUAACUGUUGCAGUUAUGGGUGAUAUGUUCUUCGUCCACGAACGAUCUCUCCGGACCGGUCUGCUUGUGAUGACAUGGACAUGCAUUAUCUCUUUAGUCUCGAUCCUCGGUGGUACGAUCGCUGAGCAUCUUGGCUGGAGAUAUGUGUUCAUCAUCCAUCUGCCUUUGACUGUUAUUGGAUUGGUCUCAGUUGUCUUCCUUCUUCCAGAGACCCAAUGGAAGGGUACCCGACCCGAUAUCUUUUCUCCCGAGGCAAUGGCUCAGGCGGACGAAAAAGAGAUGACAAAAACCAGUCAUGGACACGAGGAAAAUUUGACGGAGCAGUCGGAGCGCGAGUUUGCGGAGACGAAGAAGACAUAUUUCCAAGAACUUGCACUCUUUAGUGGAACGCACACGGAUGCCAACGUGCUGCGACUGGUCUUCGCUCCAUUCGCCGUUAUCAUCAACCCCGCGGUGAUCUGGUCAAUUGCUGUGGGAGGUGCUUGCAUUGGUUUUUAUGUGGCUGUCUCCUACAUUCUCGCCCAAAUUUGGUCAGCUCCUCCCUACUUGCUGAAUGCCAGUCAAAAUGGUACUUUCUAUGUUGGUGCAUUAAUCGGAGGCGUGAUCAGCAGCAUAGGCGGCCCAUGGCUAGGGGAUUCGAUCGCCAAGAAGCUGACAGAAUGGAACAAAGGAACAUAUGAGCCUGAAUUCCGCAUUCCCAUGAUGGCCCUUUCUGCUUUGUUCUGUGGCAUCGGAUGGUUCGUCUUCAUGUGGGAUCUUGACAACCCGACUCCCAAUGGUUAUUAUCUUGGUGCGUUCUGCCAUGGUUGUUUGUGCUGUGGUACAACCAUCGGUAUGACAUUUGCCAACCUUUACAUUCUUGACGCCUUCCGGGAAAAUUCCACAGAGAUCUUCAUUCUCUUGAUGACAGCCAAGAACUUCAUUUUCUAUGGCUUCUCCCAAGUUAUCAAUACCUGGGCAGAGGAAAAGGGCCCCAGUGACGUCCUGAAGACUUUCGGAAUUAUUACAAUGUGUCUGAUUGGUACAUCACCUAUCUUGUACAUGUUUGGCAAGAUCAACCGUUCUUUCAUGUACAAGAGCGGAUUAAUGAGCAUGUUGACAGGGUACAAACACUAA